AUGACGUGCAUGGUCGACGGCUGCUGGGGCAGCAGGGAUGGCAGUGGCUGUAUGGGCAGUACUAAGCAUGUAUCUAUGUUUGGAAGCGUACUACUCAGUACUCGACUAAGUACUGGCACAUAUAGUUUAGUCGAUACACAGACGGCUACGGAGAAAGUACCCGUCGACUUAGUCAAGACAGCCGCCCACUGGCUGCAGGCGGCGUCGACCCGAGGGGUGCAGCGGGCCAGGGCAUCGAUGCUCGGUGCAUCGAGCGCCGCUGGACGUGAAACGCUCAACCAGACGGGCUACAUGUACUAUGUACUGCGUAUGCGUAGUCCCCCCGAGGCCACGGGCGACAUGCACAUGUGCGUGACAGUCAGGCCGGGCUACAGACGCCAACUGCAAGAGUUUCAGGCGCCGGCGAGCGCUGCGCUCUGA